UGUUACAGGUUUUAUGUCAAGACUUUUCUAAAUGUGUUGUUGUUUACCCACCUCGAAGACAACCCCUGAUGUAAUCUACUUAAAAUCAGUAUCUCAACUUAUAGUGUGAAAGAUGCCAAUACUUAAUUUAGCUUUAAAUUUGAAAUGGGAUAGGGCUCCAGAUCUCAAGGGAGGAUCAACAAGACUCUACAUGAAAGCUUGAGACCACAUCAGGAAACAUGAGUGUGAAUGAUAAAUACAACAGACCCUUCGGGACCAGCAUUGACGAUGGCUUUAAGGAAAUCAGGAACAACAACCACUAUGCUGAAGAUUCCCUGGAUGGUGAUGGCAAUGCUAAUGAAAUCCAAAGAGGACAUGGAGGAACAAGUUUCGAGGUAAUUGAAACGCUGUCCUCUGUGGUAUCUCGCACUGAAGAACGGGUGAUUAUCCAGGGCACAGAUUCCCUAUGUGAUAACCCAGAGUUGGCUGAGUUUGAGAUGCUGGAAAGUAAGGAACUAAAGAAUGACGAAGAGAACAGUAUUCUUGAAGGUGACAUGAAGAGGGCUAUAUCCACUAAUAUGAUACAGACUGAGGCAAAGUCUCUGAAGAAUAGCAAAAUGUUCUUCCAAUUUAUUUCAAAUAAGCAAGAGUCUACUGUUUGUCCUCAGUCCACUAACAAAGUAAUGGUGACCAGCAUAGCCAGGACUGAGUUUAGCUCUGAAAAUGAUGUUUUUGUCUCUUGCCUUUCCACAAUGUCUAGUCUUGGAGGAAGUCUUGCUAGUGCCCUGGACCACGCCGGUCGAACCCAAAGCCCUGAUUCAUGGCAUGCUCUCUCAGGGGCAUACCAAACUCUCUCUGAGGACCUUACCCUUGCCUCAGAGUCCGGUUUAACUAUUUUGGAUAAAAGCCAGAAGUCUGUACAUACUGAGGGCAUGCAUCAUCAGCAAGGAAAAAGUACAAGACACAUCAGUGUUGAUCUCAAUCUUAACCCCACCCCCUUGCCUGAGGCACCCCUUUUAGAAGCACAAGAUAACCAACCAGCUACAUACUUUGUACCAUAUGACAGCUCAGGUCAACUGACAAAUUGCAUGAGUGAAUGUAAAAUUGCAAGGAUCAAGAAAGUCCCUAAUGAAUCAGGAAUUACCAGUCAGUACAAUCUAGGAGAACCUGGAAUUAAUGUAAAAGAGUACCGUGGAACAGAAGUCAAGGCUUCAAAUUUGAAAACAAUAUCAACUGAGAACAAACCUUGUCAACCUCUUGUCUCAGACAUCACACACUCUGCUGCACAUAACAGAUGGUUCUCACAUGAUUCCACUGGUGAUAUAAUUAAUAAACUCAAAUCCCAAAAUGAUGAAUCUCCUAAAAUUGCUCUUAAAACCUCAAAAAUAACCUUAAAGGAUACACCUGUGCACUCUGGUGUUUGUGAACACCAACCUUACAAGAAGCAAGCUUCUUUUGAAAAGACCCGAAGUUCUAGUGCAUCGAGUUUGGAAAGGCGAAGACCUUGGGGUAGCCCGUCUCGCCCUGAGACCCCUCCAUCCCCUAAAACCAUCCGUUUACCUUGGAAACAGCCACCUUCAUCACCAGCCAAGCCUAUUAGCACAAGAGAAGCAAGUCAGGAACGUAAUGAAACCUUACAGAGGGGAACCACUGGUUUGAGUCUACCAAGUAAAAGUUUUCUAAGUAGUAGUAGCAGUCUCCCAAAACCUGCCACUCCUCAGCAACCCACUAAAGCAGAAUGUGAAUCUAAGAAGUCUUCUUCACCUCAAAAGCCCAAAAAUGUUCGACCAAAAAUCAUAACAUAUGUCCGCAAAAGCCCUCAAGUGAAACCAAUGUCUGAAGUUUCCUAUGAAGUAUCGACGCUACCGCCAAGACUUUACAGUAGCUCACCAACCUCAAAAGAUUCCAAGGCUGAGGGGUCAAGAGGUUCACCUGUGCUGAGCUCCUCUAAUAUCCUUUAUGAAAAGUAUAGUCAGGAAGUACAGAGGUCAGGGUACUACUCCCCUCCAGGACUGAAAGCAUCUGGGAUCAGGCCACUGAGCCACACUGUUCCUCAUAAACUGGUGGGCAAAUCAGAAAGUUUCCACGGGGAACUGCCGGAUCAAUAUGUACAGGGUGGUAGAGUGGUUCGGCUAAAUACCCAUGAUGCUGCUGCUGCUGUUUUUCGCUUUACCAGAGCCUUAAAGCCUCAGCUGGGCCUUAGAGCUGUUACCAGACACCCUGCUACUAAGAACAGGAUAGUGUUAGCAGGUCAAAGGUCAGCGUCACCCUUCAGUUAUAUGGGUCCAGCUGUUCAGGAACCAAGUAGUCACCAGGAACUUGCAGGUCCACACAGCAGCAGUGAUGAAACUCUCCUCUCGCGCUCUCCUCUCCCUUCUGCCGAGAGCAGAAGGAGUCACAACCGCAGCAGCCCCCCGCCCCCAGCCCGCCGAUCUCUGCACCCGUCCCCUCGUGCCUCACCCGUGGCCUCUAGAAAGGAGUUUCAAAGGGAUGGAGAAAUCACCCGACCCAUUGUGUCAUCCCCGAAGAGGUUUGCAGUGCUCUCUCCCAAGCCUCAGUCCCCUGUGCGUCAGAAGUCAUGUGUGGCCCGUCUGGGUUGGCGUGCAGAAGGUGUGGAUGCUGAGUGGGAGCAGUUGAUGGUACAGAAACUGAAAGAGAGAUGUGAAGAUCAGGCUCGUCAGCUGAUCACCCUGCAGGAUAAGCUCAGGAAGUCCUCACAAUGCCUGGAUGUGUUCACCAUAACCACACAGCACUUCUGCCAGAAGAGUGAGAAUGCUGCCGUGAAGGAGAGAGAAUUGUCCCUGCAGUUAGCCAGGAUCAGAGAUGAUGUGGUGGUCAGUGUUCAGCGGUGGGAGUGUCUGCAGGGUGAGAAGGCCCAACUGGAGCAGAGUUUUGAGCGGGAGCUGAAAGGACUACAAGAGGAGCAACAGCAGGAGCUCAAGGCCCUACAGCAGAGACUGGUAGAGGAUUGCACCUCUGAGAUACAGCGACUCCAGCAACAGCAGAACAGCCACCUGGUGCAGCUGCGUUCCCAGCACCAGGAACAGAUCGAGGAAAUGAGUGAAAAACAUGAGAGGGCCGUGAUGGAGAUGGAAGCGACACAUGGUGCCACAUUGGUCACUUUACAGGAAGAACACACCAGAACUGUCAAGAACCUGAAGACGGCACAUGAGCAGCAAAAGAAGUCAAUGGAAGAGGAAUUUGAGAAUCUCAGGCUCUCACUGCAGGAUCAGGUGGACACCUUGACAUUUCAGAACCGUGCUCUACGAGACCGGGCCAAACGCUUUGAAGAAGCACUGCGCAGAAGCACGGAUGAGCAAAUAGUGGAUGCUCUUGCUCCGUAUCAGCAUAUUGAGGAGGACCUGAAGAGUCUUAAAGAGGUUCUGGAGAUGAAGAAUCAGCAGAUUCAUCAACAGGAGCUAAAAAUUUCAGAGCUGGAAAAAAUGGCCCAAAAGAAUGUUAUGUUGGAGGAGCGUAUUCAGGUGUUACAGCAGCAAAAUGAAGACCUGAAGGACAGGAUUGACCGCAACCUUGCCAUGUCCAGGCAACUAUCAGAGGAAAAUGCCAACCUCCAGGUGUAUGUUGAGAAAGAGAGCAACGAGAAGAAACGGCUGAGUCGCACCAAUGAAGAGCUGAUGUGGCGUCUUCAAACGGGCGAGUUGAGUCCUCGAAUGUCUCCCACCCAGUCGCCCCUUCAUAGAUCAGCCUCUAGUCCAGCUUCACCCUCCCGACAACAGCCUUUCCCUAGAUGAGUGUCUCUCACACCCUAUUUUUUCUCAUGUUUCUCAUCGUGGAUUCUGAUUGGGUGGAACAGAGGGUGCUCUCACACCUCUGAUAUCAGAGAUAUGGUCAUAGGUUUUUCAGUUUCAUGCCAAAUGUCAAUGUGACUGUAUUAGUUAGUUGAUACAGUGGUCAGGAUUUGAGUUGGAUAUACGUAAUUAUAUAAAUAGUUCACCCAAAAAUGUAACAUUCUAUCAUAAUUUACUGAACCUGCAUGACUGACUUAUGUGGAGCAUAAAUUGAGAAAUUAUUAAUUUAUGAUUGCUUUUUCACGCAAUUACAAAGAAUUGCGACAGAAGCUUUUAAGUUUUAAAUAGUUCAUUGUAAUACUCCGCCUAUAGUGUGACUGGAUAGUUGAAUCAGUCAGUUUAUCUCGAGAACUAAGUCAGUCUCAUUCAUGAAGAAUCAGUCAGGUUCAAGAAUCAAUCAGCAUUCUAAGCCAAUUAUGGUUGAAAAUUCCAUCUUUAUCCACAUAGUUCAAUGAUUCACCAUUUGUAUUUGAAACUGCAGUUCUUACAAAUGUUUGCAAACCACAUCUUAAAGUUGUUUGAUUGGAACUACAGCCUUCAACCCUUGAUUAGGAUUGUGAUUAUGGGUGGUGUUGGCGCAGUGGAUUAGACACAUGCCCUUGGUGUGAGAGACCCGGGUUCGAAUUCAUUGUGAGACACCAAUGUGUCCCUGAGCAAGACAC